UGAUAAAUUGAGAUGGUUAAGUUGGUCCCAACUACAGGUGUUUUUGACUUUCUAUCUGGUUUAUUGCUGAAGGUGGGUUCGAAGAACUUUUUCUUCAUAGGAGCAGGUUUGCAAAUCCAAUUGACUAACAUUUCCUUUUUGAUCGCUAGGGGUGAUAAUCCUCAAUCAGUCAAACCCAAAAAAUAUAACACACAUCAGGAUCCUCCUUUCUCUUCCAUUUUAGAGCCAUGUAACAGACAACCAUUCUCCUGGUUCGUGUGGUUAGCCACAACCACAAAGGUCUGAACAUAAUGGGCCUCUCUUAACUUCGGCCUUGGCUCUGCAGCAUGCGUUACCGAUCUUUCUUGUCGCCAUGCUUUGUUUCCUGUGGAAAUCUCCCGUAUCCGAAUCAUUCCCAGCUUUAUAAAGUUGAAACUUAUUCCUUGUCCAUCAAUCUUUAUACCCUGCUCUUCUUCAUCUCCUCCAAAAUGGCACCUUUUAAAGAUUUUAAAAAAAGAAGGGUAGCAACAUUUAUCAUCUUGUAAAAAUCCAUUUUAAACCAAAAUUCCAUUCAUGAAAAUCUAGUCUGAGAAAUCUGUUAAGGUUUAGCGAGAUAAUAGGCUAAAGAGUUUGAGACUAACCAGGAGUUCUAUUUCAUCUUCUAAGCACAAUCUACGUAGCUGCACGAAGUCCCCACAUCACCAGAGGAAAUGGCAGCCCAAGGUACAAUCAAAAGACAAUCUUGUAUCUAAACUCAAAGCAACAGACAAAUUCUACUAGAUCCCAAAGGCGAGGUUUCUCCAUCCCCACUUCUCAUUUCUCUCUCUUUUUUGUCUUUUGCUGUUUAGUUACUUAACAGUUUCAACUUCUUGGUAAAAACGAAAAAUUACAAAAAACAUUCCAUGCAUAUAGAAAUCACAUAAAGGAAAGACCCAUAAGUCUCACUGUCUCUCUGUUUCUAUUCACCAAAAACAUUAAUUGCUAACAUUCAAUAAAAGCUGGUGAAAUUCAAGAAUUUAAGGGAAAGUUUGAACUGAUCCAUCUUGUUAUUCAAAACGUUUCUCCUAUUAAGUUCAACCUUGUGUAUAAAAAAACACAUCCCAAACAUAUGGUAACAAUAAUUCUUCCCUUCUUUUCUAUCUGUAAAUCUCAUCAUCAUCAUUUUUACAUGUAGCGUUUAUUUCACCCGAGAUCAUUGGAAGGUCAUUGAUUCCCUCGAAAUUUUCUUCCUCUCUUGCCAUACUUAUUUUCCUUCUUGUUUUACAAAUACUCAGUUGGCAAAAAGUGAUUUACUUUGCUUAUUGAUAGCAGUGAUCUCAUUCAUUCCUAUAUAAGAUGCGUUUCAAAGUUUCGGCUUUGGGAUAAAGGUUUCGAUCCUAAAAGGGUGCUUCUUGGUUUGGUUUUAGAGGAAAUACAAACCCAGAAAGCUGAUUUUAAUUGAGGGAUUAAGUUAUGACGCAGUCAAGGGUGUUGGCAAUGGAGGAAGGUAAGGACCCGGCUUCUGCAAUCAGAACGAACCUCUCCAGGGCUUUGCCUUUGAGACUCCUUCUAUUUUGUGUGUUGCUUUUGGUCCUGGGCGUUGGAUUAUCUAUCAUCAGUAUGUAUUCAGUACGGUUUUUUGUGGUCCAGCAGAUAGCUACUGUAGCCCCAUCAACUAUUCGGCCAUGGUAUGAAGAGGUUAAUAGCAUAGAAAGUUUGAUUAGGCCUCCAUCAAACUUGAUGCAUACUAUGAAUGACACAGAACUAUUCUGGAGAGCUUCGUUUGUUCCUCAAAUCAAGGAAUAUCCUUUUAAGAGAGUCCCCAAGAUUGCCUUCAUGUUCUUGACCAAGGGGCCAUUGCCACUGGCUCCUCUUUGGGACAGAUUCUUCAAGGGACAAGAAGGGCAUUACUCUAUAUAUGUCCAUGCACUGCCAUCUUACAUUGCUGGCUAUCCACCAUCAUCUCCUUUCUACAGGAGACAAAUCCCAAGUCAGAUGGUGGAAUGGGGAAAGAUGAGUAUGUGCGAGGCUGAGAGAAGACUCAUUGCUAAUGCAUUGCUCGAUAUCUCCAAUGAAUGGUUUAUUCUCUUGUCUGAGUCCUGCAUACCUCUGCACAAUUUCAGCAUAAUCUAUCGCUACAUAUCAAGAUCAAAACACAGCUUUAUGGGUUCAUUUGAUGAACCUGGACCUUAUGGGAGAGGACGCUACGAUCCACGCAUGGAACCGGAGGUCAAACUUAGCCAAUGGCGCAAAGGGUCCCAAUGGUUUGAAGUUAACAGGAGGCUUGCAAUUAAUAUAAUUGAGGACACCACCUAUUAUCCUAAGUUUAAGGAGUUCUGCCAGCCAGCUUGUUAUGUGGAUGAGCACUAUUUCCCCACAAUGCUGAGCAUCCAACUGCCUCAUCUCUUGGGAAACAGGACUCUUACAUGGACAGACUGGUCAAGGGGUGGUGCUCAUCCAGCCACAUUUGGAAAGGCUGAUAUAACAGAAGGUUUCUUUAAAAAAUUUUUUGAAGGUCAAUUGUGCCUCUAUAAUAGCCAGCCAUCUACAGUUUGCUAUCUUUUUGCAAGGAAAUUUGCUCCAAGUGCUUUGGAUCCUUUAUUAGGAUUGGCAUCCAAAGUUUUAGGGUACUGACUAGGGUUGGCUACCAAGAUUAUA